UUCCUCCAAAAUCACCACAGCACAUCCUGCCUUUCGAAUGUCUUCUUGCAUAAAACUAGUUCUACCCGUGUAUAUUGUAAAGUCUGGAUCAAGCAGGGGGACAUCUCUCAUGUCUGGGCAGCUAGCGUAACUUUCUUCAAUAGCUUGUAUGCAACUACGUGUGGUUUCCAAGUCUGAUUCAGGCAGCAGCGUGGCUGGAUUCAAUAUCCACCCCUCAAGUACAACAUCUCAGAGGGGUAUAAAUAACUGCCUGCUGCCCUCCUGGACUACACUCUGCAGGCUGAAGACAAGAUUGCAAGAUGAAAACUCUGCUGUUGACCCUGAUGGUGGUGGCAUUCAUGUACCUGGACUCAGGAUAUACCCUGAGAUGUCGCUCAUGCAUUGGAUUGCGUUGUGAUGACGUUAAGAAUUGUGCAGAAGGACAGAACGUCUGCUAUGUAAGGGUGGAUUAUAGUGAUACACUCAAUCUGAGGAUCACCAGGGGAUGUGCUGCAAUGUGUCGUACUACUUGGGAUGCCGAUGAGUACAUUUUCUGUUGUGCAACAGACAACUGCAACUAAGAGUUCCAAAAGUGGCUAAUUUCUUUGAGUUUUGAUCUCAUUCAACAUGGAUCUUCCUUGAAGAUUUACGCUUCUGCCUUGACAACAGGAUGGCCCAUAAUCCCCCCUCCUCUGCUUUCUUUGACCCCUCGCCCUCUUUCCCUUUUCUCUUUCCCGCAAGCUUCUUUCUGUGGGUUCUGUAGCUUGAGAAUCCAAUAAAU